UUCAUGUUCCCGUGUACGGGGCGCAGACAGACGCUGAAGCUUGCUACACGGGGAGCUCAGAAAGAAGCUAACUAGCAACUUAGAACAAAAUGCACACAUUUUCGAGUCGCGACUACACGCAUUGUUAGCCAAAUAAAUGCACAAGUGAAACGGUGACAUUAAUGGUGAUUUCGGAAAAAUGAGCUGCAUUUUCACACCCUGUUAGUGAGCCAUUAAACCUUUUUUAUUCGAUUGCGUCGGCCCCUGGAACUGGAACGAUAGCGUUUCGACGAGAGCAUCUGAGCGCCGUUUGCCGACGAGAAGAUGGAAUCUAAUGCUAUUUUGAGUUACUAAUCCAUCCCAAAGUAGCCAUUUUAUGCCUCCGAUAUCACACAAACGUGAAAGAGCUGGAUUUUCUUCCUGUUAUCCACAAACAUCGCUGUCCUCCCAUUUACAACGUCGUUGCUUCAGCAAUUACCUUGAGGUAGUUCUUCAGUGUCUUUGGCAGUCAUGGACUGGGCCACUCCUGCUGUCAAACUGAACCCCUACACUCGAGCCCGCAUGACAGAGGCCUGGCAGCAGCAUGGUGUUUCUCAACCUCAGGUGGUGCACACCAUCCCUCCUGGAGCUGAAAACUCUCUCGGCUGUACUGUGUAUGGAAUUGUCCUGCAGCAAGAGUCCACAUCUCUUCAACAACAACAGCAGCAGCAGCAGACCCAGCAUGGACAGCACAGCCAGCACAAUCAGCAACACAAUGGGAAUCAGCAGCAUGGGAGUGGGCAGCAUGGAAGUGCGCAGCACAGUCAGCAACACACUGCCCAGACCCAGCAGGCCACCUUGCAGGUAGGAACUGAGGGAGGACACAAGUGUGGGGCCUGUGGACAUGAUAUCUCCCACUUAGCCAACCCCCAUGAGCACCAGUGUAUGGUAAGUCAGGACAGGUCCUUCCAGUGCACCCAGUGCAUGAAGAUUUUUCACCAAGCCACUGACUUACUAGAGCACCAGUGUGUUCAAGUGGAACAGAAGCCCUUUGUAUGUGGCCUGUGCAAGAUGGGCUUCUCCUUGCUGACAUCUCUGGCUCAUCACCACUCAUCCCACAACAGCAGCAAUCCGAUGAAGUGUUCAAUUUGUGAGAAGACGUACCGGCCCGGUUCUUCCGGCAGCAUGACCUCCAACUCCUCAGCAAACAAUGCCCAGCAGCCCAGUAGUCUUAGGGCAUCAGCCACCAGUAGCUCAUCCAUUCUACCCUUUCCAUCGGCCCGCGACCGCCCAUACAAAUGUUCCAUUUGCCAGAAGGGUUUCAAACACUUGUCAGAACUCACCCGUCACGACAGAGUGCAUACAGGUGAGAAGCCCUUUAAGUGUGACACGUGUGACAAGGCUUUCAGCCAGUCAUCACACCUUCAGCACCACCAGCGCACACACAGCAAUGAACGCCCUUUCAAGUGUGCCGUUUGUGAGAAAAGCUUCAAGCACCGUUCGCACCUGGUGCGACAUAUGUACGUGCAUUCUGGUGAGCACUUAUUCAAAUGCAAUCUAUGUGAGUUGCACUUCAAAGAGUCGUCAGAGCUCCUUCACCAUCCCUGCCACCCGCAAGGCUCUCGCCCCUUUCGCUGCGCAACUUGCGGAAAGGGUUUCAAGCGACCAUCGGACCUCCGCCAACACGAGCGUACUCACUCAGAGGAGCGCCCGUUCCACUGCGAUGAGUGUCAGAUGAGCUUCAAACAGCAGUACGCCCUGCUGCGCCACCGCCGCACACACAAAGACCCAAGCGACCGGCCGUUCAAAUGCAAUCUGUGCGACAUGGGCUUCAUGCAGCCCUCGCACCUCCUCUACCACCAGCAUGUGCACGGCAUGGACAACUUGUUUAAGUGUGCCUCAUGCCAGAAGGAGUUCAGCCAAUCGGGAGAGCUGCUUAGGCACAAGUGUGGAGAGUCGCCCAACACGGUGCCCGACAAGCCAUUCAAGUGCGACAUCUGUGGCAAGGGCUACAAGAAGGGUUCCACGUUGCAGCGCCAUCAAAACUCUCACUGUCAAGAAAAGCCCCUAAAGUGCUCCCUCUGCGACCGCCGCUUCCUCUCCUCCUCUGAAUUUGUGCAGCACCGCUGCGACCCCUCCCGGGAAAAACCACUCAAGUGUCCUGACUGUGAGAAGCGCUUCAAAUACUCCUCAGACCUCAACAGACAUCUGCGCGUGCACACGGGGGAAAAGCCGUACAAGUGCGAGCAUUGCAACAAGUUCUUCAAGCAACGCGAACACAUGACCAAACACCAGAGCACACACUCAAGAGAAGGACAGUUUAAGUGUGUUUGGUGUGGUGAGCGUUUCAGUGACUUGGGCUCUUUGCAGGAUCACACAGUACAGCACACAGCUGAUGGAGGGGAAUACCCCGUCUCCCAGUGCAUGUAACUGAACCCUUGAAUGCAAUCAGUGAACUUGUUGGCCCCUACAAGCAUGUUUCUACCAAGCAGUACAGUUCAGGUUUAGUAAGGGUACACAUUUUGGUUUUUGUGUGUGUGCGUGUGUGUGUGUGUGUUUUACAAAAAAUUGUGGCGGGUACCAAAAGUGAGAUCUAUGAUCCACUUUUUGGCGCUCUUUGAUAGGAUACCAACUUCAGUGGUACCUUAACUAACGAGUGGAGAAAGACGCAGUUAGGAAGAGAAGCGGAGAACGACACACGUGGGAAGAGAGAACAAAACUCAGAUUUUCCCAAGGUGUGUUGUGAGCAGAUGACCCCACUUCAUGUUGUCGUUUCCACAACGGGGUGAUUAUAGCUGCAGCUGCUACAUACAUUUUGGAUUAUAUUAGCAUACCGACCAAUUCACCAAUUAAUUUAACAAUGGAAAUACCCAUCUCUUUAAAAAUCCCCAUCUGUCCUAGGCCACAUUAUUUUCCAAAAUUCACCUUUUACUUUGCAUCUAGUUCAGCUCAUUAGAUUGAAACACAAAAGAAUGCAUCCGAUCUGGGUUUGACCAGUCAACCAGACAGCAGUGUCUUGCGCCACCUUUCAUAAGCGUACCGCUGCGACUGGCACCACAUAGUGUUUUUGUACUUGUCUAAAGCUGAAAUUGCUGAUUUAGAAGCUUGCAUUCCAUAUUACCCCCCACCCAUACGUCUACUUUUAGGGGACCGCUUCUCAGUGGAGUGCAACAAAGAAGCUACUCCAUCCUCUUAACUACCAAGUGUUUCACAAAAAUAAGGCAUUUACCCUUCAGGGAUUCCAGCCAUCAUUUGCAGAUUACUGUACCUCAAUUUUCAGACGCUCAAAUUUCUUGAAAUAAUUGGUGUAAAUAAUACCAAAAGUAAAUAGAAUAACAACCAUCAUUUGUCAUACCUGCAGUCAAAAGACUGCCUGAAGUUUGGAGCCCACAGAUGUCAACCAAUUUUGAAUGUACUCCUUGGAUAUGCUUUGCUAGGUCCCGAUUCAGCCUCCUUCACUUUCUGCUUCAUCAUACGUCUAUUGGUCUUCAAUUUGGUCUUCCUUCAGAAAAAAGCAUAUUUAGAAUUGAAGUGCAUAACAAGGCUGUAAUUGUUAAAAGUCAAAUGCAAUAUUUUUGUUGCACAUCUGAAAGUGUACACUUCAAUCGCAUCUUGACAGCUUCAUUCAAGUCCAUUGUGGUGUAUUCUGGGAAGAGCCACAACUUUAUGACAACACCACUUGCACAACAAGGAAUAAUGAUACGAGAUCAUGAGUUGUAGCAAGAUAACAAUUUUACAGUAGUAUUGUUCUGAUACAAUUUUUUUUUUUUUGGCCCCCAAUACCAGUUCCAGUCCUCCAGCUGUGCAGUAUCAGCUGUACUGACAUCAUGCCGUUUGAAAAACCAAAAUAUUUGCGCGUUAUUUGUUAAUACUUGCAGAUACGGAUACCAGCGUAUUAAUGCCAUAUCGGGAACCCUCACCAAACUCGUAUCGGUGCAACACUAUUUAAAAGUGUGUGUAAGGACACGUGUGUCAAAUUUUCUGGUUACCUCAGUUAUUUACACGAGAAGUAAAAAUCAUAUAAGAAUGUUGCAAUACAUGUAUUGGAUGUCAUUAUAUUGUGCAAGCGGUUAUAAUCUUGUGAUUGUUUGAUGUAAAGGCAAAAUCAUGAACAACUUUCAUUGUCCAAAUACUUUGGACCUAACUGUAAGUUGAUCCAGAUAUUAGCUGAUUGCUCCAUCCCAAAUUGGCCAUCCAGAAAGUGUUAUAAAUAGCACUUAUGAAAAAAAAGACAGAAUUUGCCAUUUAAGAAAGAAUGCAAUCAAUUGAUUUUGUUCCUUCUUCCCUUACACCCAUUGUCUCCUUUUUUUUCUUUGAUUGUUCAAUAUCUAUAAAUUUACACUGGCAGCAUUUGUUUUUGCACUAGUUACAGACAUCUAAAGAUUACUUUUGUUUUUCAUGGCCACCACAAAAGGUUAAGCAUGAUAAAGGUCCACUACCCAAUUUUGCAUAACUCACGUGUUCAGUGGUUUUAGGUUCCUGAGAAAUGAAAGACCAAGGACAGCUGAAACGCGGCGAUGACUCAUUGUUUUCUCAUAACUCCUGUAAAUGGACUAGUGUGAAGAUUUUAAUGAUUGAGGAUGUUUCUUCUCUAGCGAAAUAGUUCUGUGUAGUUUCUUUCCUAAAUACAGUCUGACGCAGAUCCCACGAAUUGAAAAUGACAGUGUUGACAUUCAAUAACAAGUACAAUUAUUCAGUCUAUUUAAGCUUCCUUCCGGGGUCAGUACUGUACAUAGUGGAUGUAUGUGACGAGUGAACCUGUCAAAAUGUGUCUUUCAAGAAAAUGUAUUUCAAGAUGUUUUUUGUAUUAUUGCUACUUUUUACCCAAGUUAAAUGUUUUAACAAAUGCUUUUUGCUGUCUGUGUAGUCCAAUUAGUCAGGGGUGCCACCAGCAAUUUGGGGCCCUUGAGGGAGUGGUGGAGGGAGAAAUAUUUUGGGCCCUACCUCUUUAAUUCAGCAAACUGAAAAUGAAGUACUAUUAAUUAACAAAGACAUCUGUCACCCUAACCCUUAGCCCUUCGAAUCAUCAUCAGUUAAACACCACAGCUUUUUAUGGCACCCCGGCAUGUAGUGAUUGUAUUCGUAUGUUAAAGGUUAUCUUUCGAUAACUGUCCUACUGUGUGAACGUAGACUGUCUUUGGUUAAAAAAGAAAAUACAUACUGACCUGCGCUUGAAAAAAAAUCUAGUUGUGAUCUGUCAUUGAGGGCUCCAUAUUCGUGGCCAGCGCAAAUCUGGCAUGUCGUGUGGUCUCACUGGGCUGCAUCAAGUUUGGUGUCUUUGCAGAUUGCACUCAGCUUGCAAGGCGCCACUACAAACGGGCGGCUUGCACUGUUGUGGAUGUGAACACAGCCGAAUGUCUUCACAGCCAUUCGAAGCAGCUCCUCUCAUUCCAUUUAAAAUCCAUGCGUGAGAGGCCCACGUUCCUUGAUGACAAUGAUUCAGACGGUUUGAUGCACACUGUUGUGAUAUUUAUCUCAAUGAAAUACGAUGAAAUUCACAUGCUUGCAGAGGGCAGAAUUGGUCUGCCUGCACCUUGAUUAUGUUCGCCAAAAUCACGUUAGAUUCCAAAUGCCAAUACAUCAGAAUCUGAUUUGUUGGCCAAGUAUGCAAGAAACUCACAAGGAAUUUACUUUCUAGUUACAACCCGUUCAGAGGAACAGAAACAAGACAGCAUAAACCAACACGGGGGAGACAAAACAAGAAGCCUGGCGGCUCGCUGGUUCCAGCAUGAUUAAAGUUAAGUCUGCUUUCGGCCAUCAAAUUGUCAGGUGCAUCGGGGGCGUGUCAAAAGUAACGCCCUCGGUAUGCUGGAAAGGCCAGCAUGUCGCAGAGCAGUCUGCCAAAUUCCUUAACAUGCUAAACAAGGCAUGCUUACACAGGAAUGAAAAUGAAGAUGUGCCAAUUUUUACACUUGCGGGCACCUGCGCUGUCUACGAAUUUAGAGCCCAGAGGGUGAACUUGCAAUAAAACACAACUAUUGUUCUAAAAGCCCAUAUCCGACUGAGCAGCGAAGAUGUGCAGGUGUUUACGAAGGAGCAAAUGUUGAUUUUUCAUCAAGGUCCGUUCAAGGUCGCACUGGGAAACAUCUUUGUGAACGUUUGCGACUUUGAACAAACCUUGACAAAAAAAAAAGAAAAUCAACAGUUGCUCCCUUCGCAAACACUUGCACACCUUUACCGCUCAGUGGGGUAUGGAAUACAGAUUCCCUAGCAUUUUUUUGCUAAAAAUGCUGUUGAGCCUGGUGCUAUCUGUCAAGGUAGAGUCAUGCCCACUGUGCAGGUUGGAUUAAGAAACCAGGUUUCUUGCGUUCUCUUUCUGUUUCUGCUGAUUUGGCUAAUUCUCUCUGUUCUCCUCUUUCCCGAAUUCCCCCAUAUUUGCAGUGAGUGCUAUAUUAAAAUGUAUUUUCAUUUUGACUUAUUUUCUGUUGAAACCUUGAAGUGGGCUCCUCUGCCUCUUUAAAUGUCCAUCCUCUGUACUGUAUAUAUCUGACAUUGGCAUCAUA